CCGGAACCGGGGCCGUGAGCGGCAGCGGGAGCGGGAGCGGGAUCGGGACCAGAACGGGGAGAAGGGUCCCGGGAGAAGGAGCGGGACCGGCCCGGAGCGGGGACAUCGGCACCGGGAGCGCACCGGGGCAGGACCGGGAGCGGAGCGGAGCACAUCGGGUGCCACCGGGACCGGAUCAAUCACGCCGGAGCACCCCCGGGACAAGGACUGGGACACACCGGGUCACCCCCAGGACCGGAGCGGGACACACCGGGAUCGGGACCAGGUCACACCCGGACACGCUGGGACCGGAUCGGAGCACCCCGGGACGGAGACCGGGACACACCGGGUCACCCCGGGAGCGGAGCGGAGCACCCCGGGUGACACCGGGAGCCGACGGGGACAGACGAUGGCGGCCUCCUCCACCCCCCGCCGCCUCCUGGCCCUGCUGAGCCCCGAGCGCCGGCGCUGCGCGGUGGUGGCGGCGCUGAUGGCGGCAUCGGUCCUCGGGGAGGUGGCCGUCCCCUACUUCACGGGGCGCGUCACCGACUGGGUGGCCAGCGAGGACGAGAUGGUGGCCACCUGGCCCAUGGCGCUGCUGGGGCUCAGCAGUGCCGUCACCGAAUUCGUCUGCGAUGUCACCUACGCGGGGACGUUGAGCCGGGCGUUGGGACGCCUCCAACGUCGCGUCUUCGCUGCCGUCCUGCAACGGGACGUCACCUCCCUGCAGGUGACGGGGACCGGGGCGGUGACGGCGCGGGUGACGGGGGACGUGGAGGCCACGCACGCGGCGGUGUCCGAGGCGCUCAGCCUCUUGCUGUGGUACCUGGCGCGGGGCCUUUGCCUCCUGGUCACCAUGGCGUGGUUGUCACCCCACCUGGCCUUUGUCACACUCCUGUCACUGCCCGUCCUCCUGCUGCUGCCCCGCUGCGUCGGCAAGAUCCAGCAGGGGCUGGCGAGGCAGGUGCAGGAGGCGCUGGCAGGUGCCACCGAGGUGGCGGUUGAGACCUUCCAGGCCAUGGCCACCGUCCGCAGCUUCGCCCACGAGGCCGGGGCCACCGAGCGGUACCGCCAGCGCCUGCGCCACGUCUACCGGCUGGAGGGGAAGGACGCGGCCACCUACGCCGCCACCCUCUGGGCCAGCGGGUUCUCGGCGCUGGGCCUGAAGCUGGGGCUCCUCUGCUACGGGGGACAGCUGGUGUCCGCGGGGACCAUCACCACCGGGGACCUUGUCACCUUCCUCAUCUACCAGAUGCAGUUCACCGAGGCUGUGGAGGUCCUGCUCCGCUACUACCCCAACAUGACCAAGGCCGUGGGCUCCUCGGAGAAGAUCUUUGAGUUCCUGGACCAGGAGGAGCAGGUGGCACCCCGAGGGACGCUGGCACCAGAUGUCCUGCAGGGCCACCUCCAGCUUGAGGAGAUCUGGUUCUCCUACCCCCAGCACCAAGAGCCCGUCCUCAAGGGCGUGUCACUGGAGCUGCGCCCCGGGGAGGUGCUGGCGGUGGUGGCCCCCCCGGGGGCGGGGAAGAGCACCCUGGUGUCCCUGGUCCUGGGCCUGCGCUCGCCGGGGGCCGGGCGGGUGCUUCUGGAUGGUCACCCCCUCCCUGACUACCAGCACCCCUACCUGCGCUGCCAGGUGGCCGCCGUCCCCCAGGAGCCGGUGCUCUUCUCCCGCUCGCUCCACGCCAACAUCGCCUACGGGCCGGGAAGCUGGAACCGGGCGCAGGUGACGGUGGCAGCCCGCCGGGCGGGCGCCCACACCUUCAUCAGCCGCCUGCCCCAGGGCUACGACACAGAGGUCGGCGAGCUGGGGGGGCAGCUCUCCGGGGGACAGCGGCAGGGGGUGGCCAUCGCUCGCGCCCUGGUGAGGAGCCCCCGUGUCCUCGUCCUCGAUGAGCCCACCAGCGCCCUGGACAGCGAGAGCCAGCUGCAGGUGGAGGAGGAGAUCUUUGGAGCCAGCGGGGCCGGACGCGCGGUGCUGCUGGUGACAGGGAAGGUGGCCCUGGCCAUGCGGGCGCAGCGGGUGGCCGUGCUGGCAGGGGGACGACUGGAGGAGCUGGAGUCCCCGAGGGAGCUCCUGUGCCCUGGCAGCCGCUACUGGCACCUGCUGCAGGGCGGGGGACAGGGGGGGACAGCGGAGGACGGGGACACGGGGAAGGAGGAUGAGGGACAGCAGGAGCUGGGGAUGGGGACACCAAGGGAUGGGGACACCAAGAGAUGGGAUGGAGACACCAGGAGCAGGGAUGGGGACACCAAAAGCUGUGACACGGGACCGUGAGAGCUGUGAUGGGGGAGCGCAGGUGCCAGGCCAAGAGCGUGGCCAUGGCCCUGCUGCGUUAUGGUGCCCAUGGGGGCCACCAGGGCUGGUGACUGACAAGACUGGCCACGGAACGCAGAGUUUGAAAUAAAUCCUUCUCUUUGUACCCGGGAUGUGUUGGGGGACCCCGAAACUGGGGUGGGAAGGGGCUGCAGAGAUGGGGGGUGGGUGGGGGGCUGAAAUAGGGGUGCAGGGAUGGGUGGGUGGGGAGCACAACGGGGUGGCCGGGGUGACCCACUGGGGACAGAAAUAUGUACAAAAUAAAGUAUAAUGGCUUCGGAGAGGAGCCAGCUGGGUCACGGGGGCUGGAGGGGGCUGCCCAGCCUGGCUACGGGGUCUUGGGCGCCAAAGCCACGUGUUCGCCCUGUGGUUGUCACCGCCACCAUGGGAAGCGCGUGGCAGUGACCUCGGUGUGACAUCAUUAAUCGGCCACCCCCUCGUGAUAUCGCUGCCACCGUCUUUUACACCCGAGAGGCUUCACGCGCUUGAUUCCCGCGCAUCGUUCACGUCAAUGAAGGACCUGUGCGAUGGCUGCUGGGGUCAGGUCCACCCCGCCAUCGCGAGCCCACCCACGCAGUGUGGCUCUACCCCGAUGUCCCAGGGGCCACCGAGCUGUGAACAGCUCAUGACAACGUUCCCAGUCCAGGUCGACCUGAACCACGCCGAUUUGGCCACCUGGUCUCCUUGCUCCUUGAGCUGAUGGUCUCCAGGGACGUGGAUCUUGGACAACAUCUACAUGGUGGACCUUUACACCCAGGGGCUCUACCCAGGCAGGAGGGUCCAGCCCAGAGGGAGUAACCUCUGUGACCAUCGUGGUAGCCACCCCCACAGGGCCCUGGCCACCCUCAACAAGUCAGUACGGAGACCGGGCACUGGCCACAUUUCUCUAGGGCCAGCUGGGUGGCUUUGACUUCUGCAGCUUCCCUCGAAGGAAGAGAGGUGGAGAGAGACGUUUUACCAAGGCCUGUGGUGACAGGACACGGGCCGUGGUUUGAAACUGGAAGAGGGGAGAUCUGGACUGGACAUUAGAAAUGUUUUACGAGGAGGGUGGUGAGGUUGCCCAGAGAAGUUGUGGAUGCCCCAUCAUUGGAACAUUCAAGGUGAGAUAGAAUCACAGAAUGGUUUGGGUUAGAAGGGACCUUAAAGACCAGCUAGUUCCAUCCCCCUGCCCUGGGCAGGGACACCUCCCACCAGAACAGGUUGCUCCAAGCCCCGUCCAACCUGGCCUUGAACCCCUCCAGGGAUGGGGCAGCCACAGCUUCUCUGGGCACCCUGGCCCAGGGGCUCACCGCCCUCACAGCAAAGAAUUUCUUCCUCAGAUCUCAUCUCAGUCUCCCCUCUGCCAGUGUCAAACCCUUCCCCCUCGUCCCAUGGCUCCCCUCCCUGCUCCAGAGUCCCUCCCCAGCUUUCCUGGAGCCCCUUUAGGGACUGGAAGAGGCUCAAAGGUCUCCCCGGAGCCUUCUCCUCCAGGCUGAACACCCCCAGCUCUCCCAGCCUGUCCUCACAGCAGAGGGGCUCCAGCUCUUGGAUCAUCUUUGUGGCCUCCUCUGGCCCUGCUCCAACAGCUCCGUGUCCUUCUGCUGUUGGUGCUCCAGAGCCGAAGGUGCACUCAAUCAAACUGUCCACGUCGCCAACAAAGGUCUUAAACAGCAUCGGUCCCGGUACCGACCCCCGAGGAACGCCACUCGUCGCUGGUCUCCGCUUGGACAUUGAGCCGUUGACCACAACUCUUCGAGUGCGACCAUCCAGCCAAUUUCUUCUCCCCUGAGUGGCCCAUCCGUCAAAUCCGCGUCUCUCCAAUUUAGUGACAAGGAUGUUGUGGGGGACAGUGUGAAACGCUUUGCACGAGUCCAGGUAGAUGAUGUCCGUUGCUCUUCCCUUAACCAGCAACGCUGUAGCCCGAUUGUAGAAGGCCACCAAAUCGGUCGGGCGUGACUUGCCCUUAACGAAGCCACAUUGCAGUAGCCGCAGUGCCUGCUGCUGGGGUCGGAGUGGCUGCAGUGCCUGUUGGUCUGCCUUCCCUCUCUCUCUCCCAUGGGGGUGCUGCACAAUGUCAGGCAGCGUUUGGUAGAUCCUGGCCAGGGCUCAGCACCGUGCGGUUCGUUGGGCCUCUCGGGAACAGCCGCAGCAUUUUCCUUCCUAAUAUUCUACGGCUUUAUCAGGGUCCUGUAGUCGCUCAGGGGUGAAGUCCCAAACCAUCGGAGGGGGGAAGUUCUCCAGAUACCGGCCCAUACUCUCCCACGUGCCGUGCCAGCCGUGACUAUCCAGCCUCACGGCACACCUCUGGCUGCUCUUCUUAAAUAGCCGUUGAACCCUAAACGAGACCCGAAACAUGUUCGGGAGACACAGCAACAGGAACACGCUGCCUGGAACAUCCCAGGGAUAUUCAAAGUUCUCAAGAGCUGUUGUACUGCCCGAAGGAGAAAGGGAGGCGGAAGUAUCGCACCCAGCUUCCACCAUGGAUCGGGUGCCAUCGGUCAUAAAUGCCAAGAGAUGGAGCCCGAGGCACGGGCAGGACAGCAAUGCCACGCAAACAUCCCAUCAUAACCCCCUGAGCAGCGACACUAUCGUACCAUUAGUCGCUAUUACACAAGGAAGCAAAAUGAUAAUCCCGAUCCCUCUUCCGGAGGGUGAUAAACAGCAUCGCGAGGAGUACAAAGAGCACGUAAGAAUUCACAAAACGCGGCCAUGAGAACAAACGAAGCAACCUUGUGACCAGCAACUAUUUAACUCGUAUAAUAAAUAACGUAAAACAAAUUCGUUUUUAACACGUUCUGCUCGGCUCCGUCGUUCUCUCAACCCUUCGAGCCCCACAUGGGGUGCCAAAAAGGGCUGUUGUGAUCCAUCAACUCCACAGCCCCCAGCAAUGGAUCCCACCUUCCCA